CUAGCAUCAUUUCGCAACGCUGUCGCCAACAUGUCGGAUCCCAUUGUGUGGUCGGCAUUCACCUUUCAGGCAAGUUUUUGGCUCUCUUUGUGUGUGGCUCCGCUGUGCUUCUCGCAUUACCAUCGCCUGGACAGUACCAAAGGCGAAAAGGCAUAUUGGGCAGCAACCUUCUCAGGCGUUCUCCAUGCCAUUUUGAUCGUGGCGUUGUGCGUUUUGGCCCUCUAUGACAGCCCAGAGCUCAUGAGCAGCAGCAACUUCUUUCAGGCAUCGGAGCUGAGCCAACUCUGUUGCAAGGUCUUCAUUGGCUAUAUCCUCCAAGACUUUUGCCUGUCGCUCUACUAUUGGUCCACUUGGCCCGGAUGGGAAGCGAACUUGAUCCACCACGUGAUGGUUCUGAUUGUUUGGUGGCAACUGACCCAGGGCGGUUAUGCGCAAGGGCCCGCGACCAUCUCCAUGCUGUGUGAAAGUUCCACGCCAUUCGUGGCGAUGCGAUGGUAUCUAGACAAGGCAGGAAUGAAGACAGGCAAGGUGUACUUGGCCAAUGGCAUGUUGAUGAUGAUAUCUUUCUUUAUUUUCCGAGUAUGCCUCUACACCUACAUGGCUGUUCUCAUCUACCGCACGCAGGAAGGGUUCUUCACCAUUCCCAUGCUGAACCGAUGCCUGUUCCUGGUUGGCUACCUCGGUGGGGCUGGUUUGCAGUACUUUUGGUUUGCCAAGAUCUUGCGUGGCGCGUACAAGGCCUUGACAUCCAGUACUCCCAAGAGCCAUGCCGCUGAGCGCCCCCCGGCGGCCGCACGGGAAAGCCACACGGGAAAGGCUUUGCUCGCGACAGAGCCGACGGCAACGUCGAAGGAAGGUGAUGCAACUUCAGGUGAAAAAGACGUGAAGUGAGAGGUGAAGCUGUUCAGAACUGCUGUCCUGCUGCGGGGAUCGUUGGAGCCAGU